AUGGCUGGGCGAAGUAAGAAGCGCUGCUUCCAGUGGCGUUUCCUGUCACUUCCUCUGGGAUUUCUCACAUUCCUGGCUGUCUGGAAGGCACUUUCCCUCGCUGAGCCUCCAGCGUCCCCAGAGCCUGCAAGAAGUGCGGUGCCUCCAAUAUUGGAGGAUGCCCAGGAGGAGUUGGAUGGGCUGAGCCAAGCGCUGGGUGAAGCGACGGUCGCUUCGCCACUGAAAACCACCGCCGAACCGCCGCCAGCGCCGCCAGCGCCGCCAGCGCCGCCAACACGGCGAGCGUGGCAACUCUGUGCGCAGCAAUUUGAAGUUUGUCCAUGUGAGGGCCGGAUGAGAUGGGGUACUCCUUCAAGACAUCAGAUCUUUGAAGCCAGGGCCGAACCGUGGAAGUGUGACUUCACGGUGUUGGGAGAUCCGGCCCCAGGCGAUCCUUCGAAGGUUUGUGAAUGCGAGAUGGAAGAAACCCCAAGUUUGGCAACUUCCAGAACAGAAUGGGUUUAUUGUGCUUCCCAGUUUAUGCUGUGUGAUUGUCCUGGCCGCAUCCGUUGGGGCAUCAAGACGAAAUGGACGACCUUCCCUAAGGGUCCAGCCUUGAGCUGCACCACCAACAAGUUGGGAGAUCCAGCUCCGGGCGAUGCUGGGAAGCAUUGUCAAUGUGAGGUGGAAAUCGACUCCGCCUUCUACGCCAAGAUCUCUCCUGCCGUGAAACAGCUGGAUGAAACACCCAAAGUGGUGUCUUGCGAUAUCUUGCUGGCGGCCAAAGACGGAGAACUUUGGGACCAGAAGUUGUGGAAAGCUGUGGAGGGGAUUUGCACCAAGAUGCCAAACAUUCCAAAACAUGGCAAAGGCACCUUGCAACAGGAGCCCUUGCGACUCAUGGUUGAUGCUUGGAUCAGCAAAGGCUUUGAGGAGAACUACGCGAAUCUUUACGAAAAUGGCUGGUUGGAGGAAGCCUUUGUGAAUUUCAUCGGACCGGCACCUUCCGGUACGAAGUGGGCCAAGAUCAACGAACAGUUGAUUCGCUCAGUUCAUCUCUUUUCCUCUCGACCUGUGGUGGUGGUUCAUUUUGGAAUGGCAACGCCAAGCGAGUGGGAUCCAUCGCAGUAUCCAAGACUUGUGGUUUUGCAUGCGGCUCCAUUCCCGCCCGAAUUCUUUCGGCGUUUCGACUUGAACAAGUACCGAUCCUUUUUAGUAGCGAGGGUGAAAACAGGCAUCCAACUGGAUUCGGACCAGUUCGUCGCUCCUGGGGUGGACGAGCUUUUCCAGCUGGCGAAACGCGAAGGCUCCGAGACGUAUCCCUUGCCGAUUUUGCCCGUGCACUUCAUGCGCAACGAGGAGCUACCGAUGUUCCCAAGCGUCAAAGGUGGCUUUACCAUGAGUGGUGGUGUCAGCCAUGUCUUCGAUCGAUAUUGCAAGCAUGGGAUCUGCAAUGUGUCCACUCGCUGGGGCCACGCUCAUCCGACAUGGACCUUUUGGGCCUUGCCCUUUUUGGGGACAUGGAUACGUCGACAUUUGCGGGAUGAGACUCUUCCUGCAUCUGCAAAAGUGCCUGCGUUGCGGGUCACAGAUAUUGAUGUGGAUGAAGAUCUGUUGAACAUCGGCACUUGGGAAGAAAGAGGUCAUAAGCAAUGGUGUAAGUUUGACGUCAUGGAUCCCUCCGAGUUCCAUAAAUUGCUCUCAGCCAAGAUCGAUCGCGAUUCCGAGCCGCGCUGCCGAGUAAGAGGCCCUCCACCCAUCGUGGCAGAUAAUGUUUUCCAUCCGGAAGGCGCAGCACUUGUAUUCUACACGGCGCACCAUGCAGUCCAGCCGGAAGUCUCUGCCGGGAUCAUUGACGAGCUGCAGAAAAAGCAAAAGAAGAAGGAGCUACCUGGACCCAUUUUCUACAGAGGCUGCUUCUACAAGGUGGCGGACAUGUGGCGCAAGAUGGCAACAGCUUUAAGAAGGCACAUCCAGGUGUUCGCUGCCUCAUUUGAAGCACUGGUCACUGGCCAUGUCGCUGAGCAAAAAGUGAGCGGAGGACCGGAGGCUAGCGAUCCGAAAAAGCUUGGUUUGCUGUUCCUCUUCGCUGGGCUGGUGCUUUUAUGGAUUGGCACAUCCAUCAAGUGGGCAGUAGAUGGAUCACUGCCAGCCAGGCUGGCGCUUUGGGGGCUGUUGCCAGAGGCGUUUGCAGCGAUUAGCGUUCCUGCAGUAGUGGCACUUCUUCGUUUGAAGAGGGAGCCCACGCCGGUGUUGCUGUUGAGAGCAGCGGUGGACAAGCGCAAUGCUCAACAGCUUGGGGAGGCGCUCCGGGUCUAUGGGAAGAAAGCUGAGUUGCAGGCUUUGGAACUCCCCUACAACCCAGAGAUGGGGGAAGAAGGCCUGCAGCAGAUCGUUGAGGGGCUCUCUGAAGCGGAGCUUGCUUUGGAAGAGCUGGACUUGUCCUACAACCCGCAGCUAGGCGCUGCGAGCUUGACGGUGACGAAACCGCUGUGGACGAGUCUCUCGAUGUUAAGGUUGGUGGAUUGUGGCCUUCAGGAGGAAGCUUUGAAAGGAUUGGCCUCGGAAGCAAGCAAGUUGAAGAUCAAUAUGUUGGACCUUUCAGGGAAUUGCUUAACUGGAGCCGGAGAAACCUUGGCGGAGGUGAUGGAAGCACCUUUGCUAGAGGACUUGGCAGUAGCCAACUGCGCCUUGAGUCUGGAAGAUCUGAGACAUAUUGCUGAAGAACUGGCCUAUACCAGCCUCAGGUCGCUGCAGCUCGCGGGCAACAACCUGAUGGCUGUUGGUGUUGAGGUGUUAUCAGAUCAUUUGCCAAAGUGUCGCAUCACCAAUUUGGGACUGGAGAGGAAUGCGUUGAAGGCCCAAGACCUCCAGUGUUUAGGUCAAGCCUGGGCCAAACGGCCCUUCUCGCGGAUGGGACUCCAGGGGAACAACAUGUCGGAUGAAGAGCUGAAAACCUUCAUCAAGACCUUGCGCUCGAUGUCGGCUUAA